AUGGAGUCACUGAGAGUAGGAGUGGGAGCGCACCCGAGCCUGAAGAACGAGCGCAGCUGCGGCUUCGGCUCGGACGAGGCGCUCGCGGCGCGGGUGCGGACGCCGCUGCUGCUGCUCUCGGCCGGAAACGACCCGCCAAACGUCCAGCCCGGCGGCGCCGUGGCGCGUGCCCUGGCGGCCAGCGGCGGUCACGCGCGCGCUUUCCCGACGAUGGACCACGGGUGGGUCACGCGCGGAGACGUCGACGACGGCGCGGUCGCCGCCGAGGUGGAGAGGGCCCUCGAGGAGACACUCGCCUUCCUGCGGGAGCACGUGUAGACCAACGUACUUUGGCCUCGCGGGGGAGAGGCAGCAGAGCGGGCGCGGUCACUGCAUGCAUGUGCAUGUAUCUGCCACCCUAGCCGCCCUUUGUACCUUCUGUGCAUCUUCGUCCCCUGUCU